AUGCGGGUGUUGGUGUGCAAGAACGACGGGUGCUUCGAGCUGGAGCCGGCGGAGCUGCGUGGCGUCGAGAGCUGGAGCGACGUCAAGAUGGGGCUCGCGCGUGCGCUCUACAGCGAGGAAGAGCUCUUCGCCGUCGGGUCUGCAGACGACAUCGCGUUGUACACGUUCCCGGACGGCUCCUCCGCAGAGGAGCUCGAGGGCCAGGUGUACAGCCUCGUGGAGCCCGACUCGCGCUGGGUGCUCGACAUCUUCGGCAGUCCAUUCCGCCAACGCAGCGACCUCAACCUGCAAACGGACCAUGCCAUCCGCGGCGUUCGUCGGGUCAGCGCUACGCCCUUCCAGCCUAUGGAGAUCCGUCGUGCGAGUGCGUUGCACGGAGUCCCAGCAUCCAGUAUGCCUAUCUCACCGCUGGGCAACGCGGCGCAUGGAGGUUUCCAUCACGAAACGAGCGAGGAACAAGGCUCCUACCACGAGCCGUACAUUCACAUCGGCACGUGGGUCCCUUACGAAGACGUUCUCGUGACGACGAACCGAGCUCGAGAGUACAUCAACAACUUUCGACGUGCAGGGAGACCGGUUACCAUCCUGAGCAUCCAGACGUGCACUUUGCCGCUUGCUGCGGCUUGUCCUAGCGCCAUCUCGCAGCAAGGGCCUCAGAUUUUGUAUGAAGGCGUGUAUCACCUCAACCCGGACGAAAUGCAGCGAGGCUUCGUGCAGACUGUGCGGCUCUGGUUCAGCUUCGACUGCGAGCAGACCAUCAGCGUGACCAAGGUGAACGGCGCGCUCGGACUCAAGCCGCUGCGUCAACAGGACGGGUGGAUCGUGGUCCAGGCGCUGCCUGGCUCGCCGUGCUUCGAGGCUGGUAUGCGUCGCGACGAGGUCUUCCUCACUCACGUGAACGGCGUGGAUGUGUCGCCGCACUCGUUCCCUGCUACUGGCCAAGUCACGUGGCAAGACAGCGUCGUGCCCCUCGUGGAAAAGUGGGAGACCUGCAUAUUCACCUUCUUCUGA